GGUCACUGAUACAGGUGAGCUCAUGAAGACACAUCGGUCACUGAUACAGGACAUCCAUUCAACAAACUAUUCUGAAGUUUCCUUUAAAGGCAGACAGACAUCUAUCACAACAACGAUGUCCAUCUUGCUGCUGGCUCUACUGGUCCCCGUGAUGGUGCAGUCCUCCCUGCAUCCAGUGGACUGUGAUGAGGUCUAUAGAUCAGGUUCUGGACAAAACGGGGUCUACACCAUCUACCCUGCAGGACCUACCUCACCUGUCCAGGUGUUCUGUGACAUGGGGUUGGAAAGUGCACAUCUAGGAAAGUGGACGCUGAUUCAGAGCCGACAGGAUGGAUCAGUGAACUUCCACAGGAAGUGGGAUCAGUACAAGAGUGGUUUUGGGAGCGCAGCUGGAGAGUACUGGCUGGGGCUGGAGACGAUGCAUCUUCUGACUAUGAAAGGAACCUAUGAGCUGAGGGUGGCCAUGGAGGACUUUGAGGGGAAUAAGGUCUAUGCUCAAUACUCGUCCUUCUCCGUUGGACCAGAGGCUGAAGGAUACCUGCUAACACUGGGCUCAUUCAAAGAUGGAGGAGCAGGAGAUUCUCUGGUUUAUCACAAUGGUCAGAAAUUUACAACGUUAGAUAAAGACCAGGACCUUCAUGCCGCCAACUGUGCCCAGGUCUACUACGGAGGAUUUUGGCACAACGACUGCCAUUUUACUAACCCCAAUGGGAUAUAUGCAUGGGGCGAGUCUACCUUUGGUAUUGGCAUCAACUGGCAAACAUGGAAAGGAUUUACAUACUCCCUGAAAGCCAUCACCAUGAAGAUCAGACCAGCCCCGGCAUAGAAGUCAAUC